AGUAAACACGGCCAAGGUCGUCAGGAGGUUAAACCACUCAUAAAAUGUCUAGAUCUCCUGGUCCAAUACUGGUAUACGAUCGAAAGAAAAGGAAAUGCACACUGCAGAAAGACGAUGAAACUGGUAGAAACCUUUUGCGUUUGUUGGAAAUAUUACGUACAUAUAAACCUGAUCUGGCUUCUGAACUGUUGCUCUCACUGAGUUCAUUUCCAAGGUUCUUAAGCUGUGUCCAAAAUCAAUAUCUUCUCGACAAUUUCGACCCACUUGUAUUUAUCGGAGAUGGUGGUUUUGGAACCGUUUACAAGACAAGACACAAAAUUGACGGAAAAGCCUACGCAAUCAAAAAGAUUUCCGGGUCACGUUCGAGAGAUACUCUUGAGCUUGCUAGGUCUGAAGUGUAUACAAUGUCGCGACUUAAUCAUGUAAACAUAGUCAGAUAUAUUACGUCUUGGCUAGAUUACGAAUGGAUAUCUGUUGAAAGCAAUAGUGAGGUAUCCAACUGUAAUCUCACUUCUACACGUACUAAUAAUUAUUUAACUCAUCCAUCAAACAUUAUGAAUAUAAAGCAUAUUAAUUCUAGAAAUAAUCAUACUUCUGUUAAAUCUUCAUUUAACACUCUUCUUACGCCUAAUAAAUUCGAUGAUUCUUGGGAAAUUAAUGAAAAUCCAGAAACUAAUGGCUUAUCACUACCAGAUGGAAGACGAAAGAAAAAACGUAGAAAUAAUCUGAAAGUUGACACUUCAUCAGAUAUCAAAGCAUUGAUUCCUAGUAAAGAAUUAAUUCCUGUCAAUCAUUUUGAUAAGUCACAUCCCGGUAUGUGUAUUCGACGACCUGUUCUUUGUAUUCAAUUAGAACUAUGUCAGUAUAAUUUAGCAGAUUGGCUACAGCAUAGAAAUAACUUACUCUCUAUUAAUACUCCUGUCCCCAAUAAUCAACUGAAUAUCUCACCGCUUUUAUAUCAAUCAGUUCAACGUGCUCCUGUUCGUUGGUUAAUGGAUCAAAUAGUUUCAGGUGUUGCGUAUUUACAUUCUGAAAAUGUAAUUCAUCGUGAUCUUAAGCCUGAAAAUGUACUUAUAUGUGGACCUCCAUUGCAUUCAAUCACUAAUAUCCCAUGUACAUGUAUUGUUGAUCGACGAUUAUCACAUAAAUAUUUAGACAACGAAAGAGAAAACUCAAUCAAUUUGUCUUCAUCUUCCCUUUUACUAACAAAUAAUAAUGAUUAUAAUUAUAAUGACAGUAGUUGUAUGCAUUCACUUUCAAAAGCAUCAAAUUGUUAUCAUCAAUUAAUUGUGAAAAUAUGUGAUUUUGGAUUGGCUAGAAUACUGUUAGAUUAUUCAUCAUUUAAUUUGAUGAAUUCAUACUCUGAUUCACCAAUAAAACAUACAUCAGACACUUUCCAAUCAUUUAACAAAAACACACAUGUACAAAAUCCAAAUGAUACCAACAUAUCGAGAUUUGCAUGUCAUUUAAAUUCAUUAUCUUUAUCACAGUCAAAUCAACCUUCAUUUUUUAAUGGAACUAGUUCAUUUCCUAAUGAUGAUGAUAAUAAUAAUAAUGAUGAAGAUGAAGAUAACGAUGAUGAGUAUCCGUCGUUAUCGAUAUUGUCAACAUCAUCUAGUCGAAGUACCGAUUCGGAUAGUUUAAUUCAAUUUAAAAAUAGUUUACGAUAUUCUUCAGAUAAUUUAUCAGAAACUGAUGAAUCGAUAAUGAACUCUCUACAACCCAAUCAAAAUAUAAGACAGAAUACAAUGAAAUCUAAUCAAGAAUUCACUAUGGUGAAUUCAUCUAGUAAUAAUAAUAAUAAUCUAUGCGAAACAAGUGAUAACUCUGACGAAAAACAUUUAUUGUUGUCAAAACAUAAACCUGUAACGACAACUAAAACACAUCAGACUUUGUUUUAUUUAACGGCCGAUUUAGGCAGUUCGAUUUAUACUGCACCAGAAGUUCAAAAUUCUUGUAAAAAUAAAUCAAAUCAACGAACAUUGUAUAAUUAUAAGGCUGAUAUUUAUAGUUUAGGUGUAAUAUUCUUUGAAAUGUUACAUCCAUGCUUCACAAGAUCCGAAUUAAUAACCUAUUUAGAACAAUUUAUCAAUGCAUCAUCAUUAACUAAUUGUCAUAAUAUAAAAAAUCAAAAAAUCUCAAAUGGUGGUACCAACCAGUGUAACAUUAAUGUUCAUACUAAACAUGGAAUUAUGAAUUAUUUGUUAGAUAUAUUUCCUCGUUCAAUGCAGUCAACUUGGCCUUAUGAAAGUCAAUUAGUUGCUAGAAUGUUAAAUCUUCAUGUUCAAUAUCGUCCUAAUGCAAUGGAAGUUUUAGAAAUAUUGUCAGUCAACUCAGAGUUCCCAGAUCUCGUGGAAAAUCACAUCACUGUAGAUGCAUCUAAUUCAUCCCUAGAUAUUGUUUCCAAGAAUUUGAAAAUAGAAUCAACAAUACACGAAGACAAGAAAAUAUACUAUCCACUGAAAGGUAACUUCUCAAAUUAUCAAUUAAUUGAUUAUCUGAUAUGGCGUAAUCGAGAACUGGAACAAAAACUGCAUGAAGCACAAGAACGUCUUUCUGUGUAUGAAAAAGCAGAUAAAGUAGAAAAUGUAUAGUGAUGAAUUUUCUGCAUGUUUAGUUUUCAUCACUAGAUAAAAUGAGCCAUCUCUAUGAUCAUCUAACUUUCUUCAUGAUAGUUCCAUGUAUAUAACAUGGAAAUAGAUGUCUAUUUAUUUUGAAUUUUUUUUUCUUUUAACUAAAUGAAUCUUAUGAGUAACACUUAUCAAAGUUGUACAUAGUCGUAUUUUGUCAAGUAGUCUCUUUGAGACGGAAAAUUUCCUCAUUGUGUUACCUUCGUUAUUUCUUUUCCGGCAAUCAUAAAAUCUAGAUGAAUGUUCU